AUAUAGCCGCUCCUCCCUCCCGGCUUCCCAAUCCACUCCGCCGCGCCACUCCCAAUGCGCGCGCCGCGAUGACGACGCCACCACCGCACAACACGACCCUCCCAGUCCUCCUCUUCCUCCUCCUCCUCCUCGCCACAGCGUCGUCGUCGGCGGCGCCAUUCGCCAGCCGCGGCGGCCUCAGCGCGUCGGACGCCGCGCACAUCAGGCGGCGCCAACUGCUGCAGUACCACAACGACGAUGGCAGCGACGACGGUGGCGUGGUGGUGGACGCGUCGUACGCGUUCCCGAACCCGCGGCUCCGGGACGCGUACGUGGCGCUGCAGGCGUGGAAGCGCGCCAUCCUCUCCGACCCCUACAACGUGACGGGCUCAUGGUCGGGGCCCGACGUGUGCGCCUACGGCGGCGUCUACUGCGCGCCGUCGCCGCAGGACCCGGGCCUCACCGUCGUCGCCUCCGUCGACCUCAACCACGCCGACCUCGCGGGCCACCUCCCCGAGGCGCUGGGCCGGCUCGCCGACCUCGCCGUGCUCCACCUCAACUCCAACCGCUUCUGCGGCCUCGUGCCGCGGUCGCUCCACAGGCUGCACGCGCUCCACGAGCUCGACCUCAGCAACAACCGCUUCGUCGGCGGCUUCCCCGACGUCGUGCUCCGCCUGCCCAGCCUCCGGUACCUCGACCUCCGCUUCAACGACUUCGAGGGCCCCGUGCCCGGCGACCUCUUCGACCGCCCGCUCGACGCCAUCUUCAUCAACUCCAACCGCUUCCGCUUCCGGAUCCCCGACAACGUCGGCAACUCGCCGGCGUCCGUGCUCGUGCUCGCCAACAACGACUUCGGCGGCUGCCUCCCGGCGUCCGUCGCCAACAUGUCCGGCACGCUCGACGAGAUCAUCCUCAUGAACACGGGGCUCAAGUCCUGCGUCCCGCCGGAGCUCGCCGCGCUCACGGGCCUCACCGUGCUCGACCUCAGCUUCAACAAGCUCAUGGGCGCCAUCCCCGACGAGCUCGCCAGCCUUCGCAGCAUCCAGCAGCUCGACCUCGGACACAACCGCCUCGUCGGCGACGUGCCGGAGGGGAUCUGCCGCCUGCCGCACCUCCAGAACUUCACCUACUCCUACAACUUCAUCACCGGCGAGCCGCCCGCCUGCCUGCACGUCAAGACCCUCGACGACCGCCGGAACUGCAUCCCCUACCGCCCCGACCAGAGGUCGCCGGAGCAGUGCAGCUUCUUCAACAACCACCACGUCAACUGCGAUGCCUUCAAGUGCAAGAAGUUCGUCCUGCCGUCGCCACCUCUGCCGCCACCGUCUCCUCCUCCGCCAUCGCCACCUCCACCGUCGCCGUCUCCUCCGCCACCUUCGCCUCCGCCACCAUCUCCUCCGCCGCCAUCACCAUCCCCUCCCCCACCGUCGCCUCCUCCACCAUCUCCUCCGCCACCUUCGCCUCCUCCGCCGUCUCCUCCACCCCCAUCGCCAUCCCCUCCUCCUCCUUCUCCGCCCCCACCAUCUCCUCCACCACCAUCCCCAUCCCCUCCUCCUCCUUCUCCCCCACCGCCGUCUCCACCUCCACCAUCCCCAUCACCGCCACCUCCCUACUACGAGGUGUCACCAGAGGAACGGUACCUCUCCCCGCCGCCUCCGGCCUACACCGAGGUCCCACCGCCGCCCUACUACGAGGUAUCACCGGAGGACCGGUACCUCUCGCCGCCGCCGCCUCCAGUCCACCACGACCCGCCACCUCCGCCCUACUACGAGGUGUCUCCGGAGGACCGGUACCUCUCUCCGCCGCCGCCGUCCCCGGCUAGCUUGCCCAAGUACGACUACUCGUCACCUCCACCGCCACGGGCAUUGCCCAAGCUGCCCGUGUACGACUACUCGUCGCCGCCACCGCCGGCGGCCGGUUCGACACCGUAAAGAAAGAAAUGAUUCUAUCGAGGAGAUUUUCCCUUCCUUGUGAUCAUACUACAUUGUUUUAAUUCGUUGUGGUAAAAAGAAAACGUUACUGAAUUAAUCCUUUGUUUCGUUUCCUCUUUCCUUUUGUAUUUAAAAUUUUCUUCUUGGAUCUUUUUCCUACUGAUGAUGAUCAUGAUUGAUUUGGUUCGAAAUCCGCUGCAAAUUCUCCAUUCUGAAUGGAUAUAAUGGGUAUAGAGAAGAAGAUGCAGAGAGUGACGAGAGAGUUGUAAUCGGUACACAUUUGGAUUAAGAUAUGGGGUAUACAUAGUACUCUCUCCGUC